AUGGACGGCCCCAGCAACGUCUCGCUCGCUCAUGGUGACACCAUGCCGGGCUUGCCUGAGUACAAGGCAGUCUCUGUCUUCUUGGUGCUUCUGGUGUACCACGGCAUCGUGGGUAACGCCAUGGUGAUCCUGGUGGUCCUGACCUCUAGGUACAUGCACACACCCACCAACUGCUACCUUGUCAGCCUGGCCCUGGCUGAUCUCAUUGUGCUGGUGGCUGCGGGGCUGUCUAAUGUCUCCGACAGCCUGGUGGGGCACUGGGUCUACGGGCACGCUGAUUGCCUAGGUAUCAACGUUUCUUCCUCCUCUAUUCUGGCGUUCACUGUGGAGAGGUACACAGGUACAUUGCCUCCAAUGAGGGCACAGACCGUGUGCACAGUGGCCUGGGCCAAAUGGAUCAACAUGGGCAUCUGGGGGGUUACAUCCAUCUACUGCCUGCUCUUCCUGGUGGACCUCAAUGUCCAUGAGAACCAGCGCCUGGAAUGUGGCUACAAGGUGUCCCAUGACCUCUACUUGCCUGUCUACCUGCUGGACUUCACCGUCUUCUUCGUUGCGCCCCUGUUGGUGACCAUGGCGCUCUACGGUCUCAUCGAGAGGAUCCUGUUCUGGAGCCCACUGUCCCACCAGGCCUGGCAGAAGGCGAGGCAGCCCCGUGGACAGGAUGAGGGUGUAUCAGGCAGCUGCUCCAGGCCUAAGGGAUCCCAGUCCUCCAGGAAGCAGGCAACCAGGCUGCUGGCAGUGGUCGUGCUGCUCUUUGCUAUGCUGUGGACUCCCUACCGCACUCUGGUGCUGCUCGAUUCCUUCCUGGCCCGGCCUCUCCUGGACCACUCACCCAUGCAGCUGGGCUCCCAUGAGGCCUCAGGUCCUGGGGCAACUGGUUCCCUGCCUCACCAGCAAGAACCCCACUUUGGUGUGCUCUGA